GAAACCGACCUCACCUAUGGAGUUAGCCGCCUUGAAGGAGUUAUAUAAAGGGCAGAAGCUGCUUUACGGUUCCUCCAACGCAAACUCGAUUAGAGUCAGAGAGCAAGAGAGAGAAGAGGGAAAAGCUACCAAUCCUAGGGUUUUAAAUUACCGCAGAAUUUAAUUUGAGCAAGCUUCAAGUAGACAAAGAACCCGAUUGAUUGAAACCUAAUCUGCAACUGUAAGAGAGGGAAAGAAAGAAGAAGAAGAAGAUGCCGAAGAACAAGGGAAAGGGAGGGAAGAACAGGAAGAGGGGGAAGAACGAAGCGGACGACGACAAGAGAGAGCUGGUUUUCAAGGAGGACGGACAGGAAUACGCGCAGGUCCUCCGUAUGCUCGGUAACGGCCGCUGUGAAGCAAUGUGCAUCGACGGCAUCAAGAGGCUCUGUCAUAUCAGAGGCAAGAUGCACAAAAAGGUGUGGAUCGCCGCCGGUGACAUCAUCCUCGUCGGCCUCCGCGACUUCCAGAACGACAAGGCUGACGUUAUCCUCAAGUACAUGGCUGACGAGGCCAGACUUCUCAAGGCCUACGGCGAGCUCCCUGACACCACCCGCCUAAACGAGACCGUCGGUGGUGGCCUCGAGGAUGACGAAGACCAGUUUGGCGACGACUACGUCGAGUUCGAGGAUGAGGAUAUCGAUAAAAUCUAAUUCUUAGUUAUCUUUUUGUCAGUCUUAUAUUUUCGGUUUCAUUGUUUUUCCAAGAGUUAGUUGUUAAACAUUUUUCUGAUGACGAAUUUACGGUGCUUACUGGAUUGAGAUGUUUA